AUGUGGAGCUUGUCUGCACAUCCCGGUGUAGCUGCAGCAGCAAAACUGCGACGUAAAGACCUAAAUUGGAGUUAUUUGCUUCUCUUGAGGCGCAGCAGCAGCAGAAGUACAGGGGGCCCCCAAAGCCCAGGGCUGCUGGGGCCUUCUGCUGCACCCCGCAGCGCUCCUCAGCCGCAGCAAGCAGCAGCAGCAAAAGCAGCACAGCGCUUGCUGGUCGGGCUCCAGCAGCAGCUGCAGCGACGCGGGCUUCAGGGGCCGCGGCAGCAGCAACAACAGCAACACGAGCAGCACCAGCAGCAGCAGCAAGGCAAGAUGACUGCAAGAGGCCGCAAGACCCCCUCUAGAGGCGCACGCCUCGCAGCGGACAGGACAAGCUCGGAAGAUGAAGAAGUUCCCGAGGCCUUUCUUGAGCUGCGCCGCCGCCGCGGCCGCAGCAGCAGCAGCAGCAGCAGCAGCAGCGAAGACUCGGGAGCAGAGGAGGGGUGCGAGGAGCUAGUCAAGUCUCUGCGUUUUGGCUUUGAUGAGAUUUUAUCUGUCAUUGAAGGCAGCACGCAGCACGGCGAGCUGCAGCAGCAGCUCGGUGCUCUCGCUACUCCUUCCCGGCGCGCUGCUGCUGCCACUGCUGCUGCAGCAGAUGCAGCAGCAGCAGGAGACAAAAAGGCAGCAGCUCAAGCAGCAAGACGAGCCGCAGAGCUGCAGCAAGACUCGGGGGUGCUGCCGGAGCUGCUGCCGCUGCACAAGCAGCAGCUGCUGCUGCGGCAGCAGCAGUUCGACUUUGCGCAGCGCGACGCAUGCAAGUGGGUGCCUGUGAUUCAGCAGCAGCGGCAGCAGCGGCAGCAGCGCUUCGGCUACACAGACGCAGCAGCAGCAACAUCAACCACAAGAAGCAUACAGCAAGCAGCAGCGCUCAUGCAGCCCCAGGGCUUCGAGGCGCUGCUGCUGCAGGCGAUCAGCAGCAGCAACACGGAGCAGCAGCAGCUGCUGCAAGAGAAGGCCUUAGCCCCAGCUGACCCCAUAAGAAGACAACAAGAGCAGCAGCAAGCUGCGCGGCUGCGGUUUCUGCUGUCGCAAGAACACCGGCGGCUGCACCGGCUGAAGCGGGUGAAGUCAAAAGAGGGGCGGCGGAAGCGGCGGCAGGUGGAGGCGCGGCAGCAGCAGCAGCUGCUGGAGAGGCUGCAGCAGGAAAACCCGUGCUGCAGCAGCAGCAGCUGCAGCAGCAGCAGCAGCCAAGAAAACGAAGCCCCUUGUCAUUAUUAA